CGAUGCUUCAAGCGCCUGCCGUCUUUCACGUUGUCGACCGGAAGAAGAACCUCUGCCGGUCCUGCCGCCGACGAGAUCAUGGACGAAGUGGGAAUUGACCGCAAGCUCGUCAUCGUGGGAUGCACAGACACAGGCAAGACGUCGCUGACGAUUCGAUACUGCCACAACAACUUCAACACGCCGACUGCCGCCACGAUCGGUGCUUCGUUUCUGCAGAAACGCAUCACGGUCGACAAGCACAAGAUGACGCUACAGAUCUGGGACACGGCAGGACAAGAGCGCUUCCGAUCGAUGGCACCGAUGUACUACCGCAAUGCGAAAGCUGCGAUUCUCGUUUUCGACGUCACGAAGGAAGACACGUUUUCCAAGGUGAAGGUGUGCUUGGAUGAAUUAAGAAAGCACGUCGAUGACGACGUUGUCCUGGCUGUCGUGGGGAACAAGUGCGAUCUUCCCACGUCGUUCAACUUCGACCUGGCGGAAGAGUUUGCUCGUGACAUCGGCGCAACAGCGCAUCGAACAAGUGCACAGAGCGGCCAAGGGGUGACCGAGAUGUUUGAAACGGUGUCACGCGCGCUGUUGAAGAAGCAUUUGGAGACCGAACGACUCGCAUCGUCGACAAGCAGAUCAGCAACAUCAAACUCGGAUCCGAUUCUCCGCCUAGAGCAAAAGACAACUCCACCGACCAAGUCAAGCGGGGGCUGCUGCAAGUAAGCAAUCAAGGCAUGUCACGCGCCUUAUAGAUUUUGCCGACAACGGUGGGGCGUUGGUCCAUGCGGUCGGGUACAUAGCCCCCGGCAGCCGUCGGAGUUAAUGAGUGCCCACGGAAAGGGGCCUAGAUAUACAUAAACAUCUAAACGAUACUGCGCAAAUUCCA